UUCUUCAAUGACUACACGCGAACGUAUAGCCUCCCAGACGUCUCCUGCAGAGCUCCCACCUAAUGUGGUCACGCUGCCUCAGACAGCGCAGCUAGAAGCGCUCUAUACAAUUAUUCGUGACAAGGACACGAAAAGGGGCGACUUCAUAUUCUAUACCGAUCGUAUAAUACGCCUACUGGUUGAAGAGGGUUUGAAUCAUCUUCCCGUUGUCCCCAAGACGGUGAUCACGCCCACCGGGGAGAAAUAUGAUGGGGUAGGUUUCAAAGGCCGCAUCUGCGGAGUGUCCAUUUUGAGGGCCGGCGAAGCGAUGGAGGCUGGCCUACGCGAAGUCUGUCGGAGCGUUCGGAUUGGGAAGAUUCUCAUACAGAGGGACGAAGAGACCGCCGAAGCAAAGCUUUUUUAUUCAAAGCUUCCCGAUGACAUAGCCAAUCGUUACGUUCUUCUCUUGGAUCCGAUGCUGGCAACUGGAGGAUCGGCAAUCAAGGCCGUCGAGGUAUUACAGCAAGCAGGUGUACCUGAGGAGCGGAUCAUAUUUAUCAACCUGGUCGCAUCACCCGAGGGAAUCAAUGCUUUCUGCAUGAAGCAUCCCACCACUCGUGUAAUAACCGGAUGGAUUGAUCGUGGCCUGAAUGAAAAAGCGUAUAUUGUGCCUGGACUGGGUGAUUUCGGAGAACGCAGGUACACGUGUUGACGUAUGACCGUGUUUCAGACGUGGUUGCCAGCAUUUUUUUUUUGCCCCGCAAUUCCGUAGUAUAUGUAGCAAGUGGAUGUGUUGCCGUUUUCACUCUAUGAUGACAAAUAUAUUAAUU